ACAACGAUGCACCAGGGGAUCACAAAGCCGAUCGGGGAUCUCUUCUCUUCGGCAAGCGGCGACGCUGCGGCUGUGGCACAGCAGAUCCGCAAGCAAGAAGCUGAGCUCACCUUGCCUCGCGUCGACGAGCAGACGGCACUUGAGAUUGAGACACAGAUUCGAAGCCUUUAUACGAGCACAUUACUGGCAGGCCAGCCGGACAAGGCAAAGCAUCAGGGCAUCGCCUUUGCCGUGGAGCUCUUCGGUGGUAUGAGACUCGCUGCCGGCACAAUCGGCCCCGGAGUGACGCCGGGCAACUGGACCUGGAUCGAGCGCAAGAUCAACACCGUGCGGCUGCACCAUAAGUCGUCGUUCCUCACAGGCCGCGAGCUCGUGACCAAGGGGCGUGACAUCAACUCCCUCGGGCCAGACUUUGCGGCGCACGGUGGUGCGUUUCCCAUCAGGGUCACGAGUUGCACCUAUCCCAUCGGCGCCGUUGCCGUCUCUGGCCUAGCACAGGAAGUGGAUCACUGGCUCGUCACUCAGGCGCUGUGCAAUGUCAUCGAUGGCCAGAAAGCGUAGGAGUAGAAGAGGGGCACGGGCGCAUGUACUCUACCUUUUGCGCAGAUGAUCGCAUUCGCAUCGCGCACAAUCCAACAUCGUCUAUCUCUCUUUCUCAUUCUAGUCGUAUCGAGAAAGGGA